AUGCCGGGUGUCAUUCUCGGUAUCUGUCAUUCUGUAUGUAUGGACUCUGCACAGUCCCAUUUCUCCUGUCCUGGAUGCCGGGUGUCAUUCUUGGUAUCUCCUCUUAUUCUGUAUGUAUGGACUCUGCAGAGUCCUACUUCUCCUGUCCCGGAUGCCGGGUGUAAUUCUCAGGAUCUGUCCUUAUUCUGUAUGUAUAGGACUUUGCACAGUCCUAUUUAUUCUGUCCUGGAUGCCGGGUGUCAUUCUCGGUAUCUAUCCUUAUUCUGUUUGUAUGGACUCUGCACAGUCCCACUUCUCCUUUCUUGGAUGCCCGGUGUAAUUCUCGGUAUCUGUUCUUAUUCUGUAUGUAUGGACUCUGCACAGUCCCAUGUCUCCUGUCCUGGAUGCCGGGUGUAAUUCUCGGUAUCUGUUCCUAUUCUGUAUGUAUGGACUCUGCACAGUCCCACUUCUCCUGUCCUGGAUGCCGGGUGUAAUUCUUGGUAUCGAUUCUUAUUCUGUAUGUAUGGACUCUGCACAGUCCCACUUCUCCUGUCCCGGAUGCCGGGUGUAACUCCCAGUAUCUGUUCUUAUUCUGUAUGUACGGUCUCUGCACAGUCCCACUUCUCCUGUCCUGGAUGCCGGGUGUAACUCUCAGUAUCUGUCCUCAUUCUGUAUGUAUGGACUCUGCACAGUCCCACUUCUCCUGUCCUGGAUGCCGGGUGUAACUCUCAGUAUCUGUCCUCAUUCUGUAUGUAUGGACUCUGCACAGUCCCAAUUCUCCUGUCCUG